CUUUCCUCAAUUGCAUCUUGAUUUUCUUAAAGUUGAGGGGACACUAUGUUCCCCACCUGUCGAUUAUAUGAUUCACCACACAUUCUCAGAUUUAAUAUUGUGACGAAGAGUCCGGAGGAAAAGCUGCGAUCGUAUGGGUACUCUAUAGAUAUUGGAGCACGAUCGAGGGGGGGAAUCCACAGUCAGCUGAAAGUUUCCAUGAGCAGCUUUUAGCCGCGAUGACGAUCAUACGGUGGCUUUUGCAUUGCACCUGGGGAAUAUACUUAAACAUCAUACAUUCCCCAUUUCAUUCAUGUUUGAAAAUCGCAACCGUUCGCACGCUCGCGAUCCUCCGAAGAACUUUAUCCCAAAAUAUCCACAAUUAUUUACAGUGCGAGAUUUUUCUUAGCGAAACUUAUCACAUAGAGAGACUUUUCUUCAAGAAAGUUACCAUUCUUUAAGUGUGAUAUCCAGGAAUUUUAUCUUUUUGUUUUUAAAAUAGUGAUCUGUGAUCUUUAUUGUUAAAUAUAAUUUCCUGGAAAGCAGAAAAGUUUUGUGAUAUAUAUUGCAGAAAAUCAGGGUGUACUAGUGAUAGUGGAAUUAUAAUAUUAAAAAAAAAAAAUAAAAAGAAAACAAAUAAAAUAAAAUGCGGGAAUUUCUGAGAUUCUGGCGUAGGAGAUACAGUGCUGUGAGCACAGGACUAUCCAAUGGACCAGAAUUCAAUCAGAGAAAGAGUGAAAGACGAAAAAGUCUGGCUGAUACUCAAGCUCUUCAGGGAUUCUCCAUUCUCGAUUCGUUCUUUUACAAAAGAAAGGAUGGAGAACGAGCUCGAUGGCCAAAAAGUGCCUUCCUUUUUAUGGCCACGGGUCUUGUGUCAAUUACAAUGGCCAUUGCAAUUUAUAUCUUCAAUCCGUAUGACUUAAUAUUCAAGUGGAAGCUCAAAUUUGAGAAGGACGGUGAAGUGUAUAAUUUAUGGGCUAAGCCUCCAGUUGAUCUCUACUUAAAAGUUUAUCUCUUCAAUAUCACCAAUUCUGAAGAUUUUCUCGCAGGCAAGGAUAAACUGAGAGUUCAGGAAGUGGGACCAUUUGUCUACAGGGAACUUCUUUCCCAUGAAAACAUCACAUUCAAUUCCAAUGGAACAGUUUCAACAAUACCGAAACAUCCUCUUGUGUGGCAGGAAGAGCUCUCGGAAGGAAAUAGCGAGGAUGAUGAGCUUAUCUUGCCAAACAUCGCACUUUUGAGUAUUGCACAAGUAGCUGCAGAAAAAUCAUAUUUUUUCCGCCUGCCGAUCAACAUCCUCAUUAGGCAGACAGAUAGUCAACCUCUGGUCAGAAUGACUGCCAAGGAAUUUAUGUUUGGCUACGAGAGUCCACUCACUACCCUUGGCUACCACGUCCUACCUAAUUGGAUUUCCUUUGAAAAAGUCGGACUCAUCGACAGGAUGUAUGAUUUCGAGGGGGAUUAUGAGACAAUCUUCAGCGGACAGGGAGAUCCUAGCAUGUCUGGUCUUUAUGAUACUUACAAAGGAUCCCAGAAUCUUCCCCAAUGGGAAGGAGAACAUUGUAGCCGAGUUACAGGUGCUUCAGAUGGAACCAAAUUUAAGAGCUUUAUGGCACCCAAUGAGACAAUCCUCUUCUUCCGUAAGAGCAUGUGUACAGUCAAAAGAAUGGUACAACAGGGAGGACCAACAGAGGUGUCUGGUUUGACGGCUCAGAAGUUCGUGUUUGAGGAGAAUGCUCUUGACAAUGGAGCAGUAGAAGAAAAGAAUAAAUGUUUCUGUCGACAAGGCAAAUGUCUACCCGCUGGUCUCAUUGAUGUUACAGAUUGUUACUAUGGCUUUCCAAUAGCACUCAGCUAUCCACAUUUCUUAGACGCUGAUCCUGAUAUCACGAAAAAUAUUGUUGGUCUGAAGCCCAAUCGGUCGGAGCAUGAAAGUUUCUUUAUAAUACAGCCAACAUCGGGCCUUCCUCUACGUUGUGCCAUGAGGUUCCAAAUCAAUAUGGCACUGAAGGAUGUUAGCAGCAUGUCACAUGUGGAGCAAUUCUCACACCUCACGAUACCCAUGCUGUGGUUUGACAUCACAUUCAAUGAACUGCCACCGGCACUGAAGAAUCGCUUUCAUCUCUAUUUGAAUGUUCUUCCUGUGCUCGAUCAUUUACUCUUCUACGGAAGUGCCAUUGGCGGAGUGCUGCUACUCAUAUUUGCUGUGACCAAGGCCUCCGUGGGAAUGUCCACUACCAUCACAUCAGCCAGGAAGAUUUCACUGCAGCGAUCCUAUGAUUUCAGAGGCACCAAAAUGUCUGUGUAUGCACCAUGUGAGCAAAAGUGUGAUCUCAUCCCUAAUGACUGCCAUGAGCUGACAAUGCCCUCCGAUAUUGCGCCCAGUUCAGUGUAUGACCUCGAGAUGGAGAUACCUCUCUCGGAUACCGAUGACCAAGAACUCCUCCAAGACGAACGUGACAGUGGUCACAGGACCAAUUGCAGCAAUGCCAGUGAAGACUGCACCAUUACCAUACCUCAGGAAGAGAGUAAGAACUUCCCAAAACCACUUUGCCAUCAAAACAGCAAUUUCGCACUCAACAACAGAUAACAACAGCCACGUGAAUUUCACAGUGUGAAAGAUAUUCCAUUGGACAGUAUUAUACAAUAGUGAAAUAUUCCUUUUGAUAAUUUCUAACGCAAUUCUGGACUGCAAGUUCUCUUUUUCGCGUAGAAAUUCUAUAGCUAAGAUGCUGAAACAUUGGUCAAAAUCACUAAAAUUAGACCAAUUUUAUUAACUCUUUUAAAAGAAAAUAAGAGCUUUGACUGUUUAACAAUCUAAGCUGUAUUUUUUUUUAACAUUUUAAAAAGUAGCAGAGAUUGGUGCUUAGAUAUAAUACAUAAGUAGUGAAUCCAAACUAAGAACAUAUUUUCUAAAAAGUAAAAUAAAAAACAAGAUUUGCUGAAAGCAAGUGAAACUGCGCAAAUGCAGAAAAAUCCUUCUUUAACGGCGUUAUCACACUUGCACAUUAAAAUUUUAAUGUGAUUCACAUUAAUUGUCGCUUGUGAGCGUCCAAAUAUGUUAUUUGUGCCUUUGAGUCACUUAAUAUUUGGGAUUUUUCUUUUUAUUAAUAAAGAAGUGGACUUGGCCUGCAAAAAUAAGUUUAAAUUUACCUGGAGCAUAAAUAUUUUUCACAUUAAAAAAUUAAAGAGGAAAUUGCAUUAAUUUUUCACAUUAAUGCUAUAAAUCAAUUUAUAUCAAAUUUUGCGGGCCAAGUCUACCGUUUUAUCAACAAAUAGAUCAAAUUUUGAAUAUAAAAUGAUUAAAACAAACAAAAUUACACAUUUGAACUCUCACCAGCGACAAUUAAUGUGAAUCAUAUUAAAAUUUUAAUGUGCAAGUGUGAUAACACAGUAACAUUCUUUACUUUCAAAAAUAAAACGUUCUAUUUUAAAACAGUUUUUCAAACAAAAAAAUCUUUUAGAACAAUUUGUUUGAAAUUGUCCAGAAUUGUGUUCAUUUGGUUAUAGAAAUAUUUCUGUUUUCGAAAAAAAAAAAUUAAGAAAAAAAUUUAAAAAAAACACAUUUUUCAAUCAUAGUCAUUUUGUAAAUAUUUUCCAUCACCAGAGCUUUAGUUAUUAAAUUUUUAGAACUAAGAAUUAUACCAUUUUUGUACGUUUUUUGUUAAAAAAAAAGAUAAAAUACUCAAUUGAUCAAAGUAUUGGACAUUUUGGAUCAUAAACUAAAUUUUCCAGACCCCUAUCCAUUUAAAAAUAUUUAGAUUGUAAUUUAGGAAAAAGUUAAAGUCUGUACAAAAAACUGAUAUAUAUAUAUAUUUUUUAUUCUUCCACUAUUUGAUUAUAACAAAAGACGUAAUAAUAAAAAAAAAGAAUUUAUAGAAAAAA